CUGUUUACAAGAGAAGAUGGAGCCUGUGGCUCAAACAUGUGAGACGCAGCAGGACAGAGGAGACAGUGUUCACACACACACACAUACAGAAACAAUGUUCAUCUAGCGCUGAGAGAACCAGUUACUGUCCUACACUGGAGAACCUAUAAUCGCUUCGGCUGCACAGGCCCAGGCCCAGGAACGACGCAGUUUGGCUACAAACACUUCCAGACAAACAAGCGAAGCAGCAGCUAAACCUCAAGGCUGCCAACCAGUCAUCAACGGUGCCACCCUAAGAACAGACGAUAGGUUGCGAGUGGCGAGGGAACGACGAGAGGAAGCUGACAGGCAACAAGCUGUCAGAGGGUCUCAGAUCAUGGAGAGGGAUAGAAAAGCCAAAAUGCAGGUUGAACGUCAGCUAGAAGAACGCCAAAAGAAGGUCGAGGAGCAGAGGAGGAAGGAGGAGCUAAGACGAGUGGCUGUGGAGGAGAAAAGGAGGCAAAAACAAGAGGAGGAAAAGGAACAUUAUGAAGCAGUAAUGCGGCGUUCAAUGGAGAGGAGUCAGAGGUCAGAGCAGCGACAGAAGAGAUGGUCAUGGGGAGGAGGCUCCCCCCACUCCAAUGGUUCCACAGAAAAACGCUCCUCAUCUUCCGUAAGCCUGAAACAGUUGAGCGAUGGAACAAUUAGCAAACGCCUCUCGUCCUCUUCUGCUGCUCUUCCCAAGUCCCCUGAACAAAGUAAAGCCUCCGGUCGUACAAUGAAAACAAGAAGUUCUUCCCUGACACGAGUAAGUGUGGGCAGAGCCCAGAUGUCUGCCCAUCCUGAUGUGGAAAUGCCAAAGGAUGAAGAGUUCCACCAGUGCCCUCGGUCAGCCUUGGCCACGCCCAUUCAUCUGCCACCUCGGGGGCCACUGCGUAGCCGGAGCAGCGACCGACAGAAGAGUGGCAUUAUCUGUGCUUCAGCUGAUGUGGCUCUAGACCAAUCAUUGAAGGAAAAACCUCUGGUGUCCCUUGGUCAAAAACGCCCUGUUUCCCCAUCUACCACCUCCCUGGGGCGGAACCGGUCACCCUCCCCAACCCCCAAAAUGGCACCAAAGAGAACUACAUCCCCAGCUGCAGUGAAACAGAUGUCAAGAUCACGCCCCCCAUCACCUGCUGCAGUCAAACAGCGCCCCCCAUCCCCUCACUCUACUUCCACCAAAACCCUGCCCAUCCAGAAACUACCUCUGACUCCAACUGGAGCCAUGACUCUGCGAAAGAGAGACUCUAAGUCCAGAGACACAGUUCCAGUCCAGACAGAGUCCAGAACCAAAGAAAAGGAGGCAGGGACCAACUCUGCUGCUGAGGCAACAAAGAUCCUGGCCCAGAACCGAAGACUGAUGAGGGAACAGAAGGAGGAACAGCAGAGGCUCCAGAGAGAGGAGGAGGAGAAGCAGCAGCAGAGGCUUCAGAAGGAGGAGGAGGAGAAGCAGCAGAGGCUUCAGGAGGAGGAGGAGGAGAAGCAGCAGAGGCUUCAGAAGGAGGAGGAGGAGAAGCAGCAGAGCGUUCAGAAGGAGGAGGAGAAGCAGCAGAGCGUUCAGCGGGAGGAGGAGAGGCUUGAGGAGGAACUGCUGCAACAGGAGGGGGUGGAGAGGAGGCUGAGAGAACAAGAAGAAGUUGGACUGGCAGAAGAAGAAGCCAUGAGGCGAGCAGAGCUUCAAAAGGAACGAGUAGAGGCCGAGACAAAGGCUCAAGAGGAGGCGCAGAGAGUCAGAGAGGAGAGGAACCGGAUCAUGGAACAGAACCAGCAAGAGCGCUUGGAGAGAAGGAAGAGAAUUGAGGAGAUCAUGAGGAGGACCAGGAAAGGAGAGUCCAACGAUGUAAAGAGGGAAGAAGAUGAAGAAAGAAGUUCUGAGGAGAACAGGGAACAUAGCAAUCUUCAGCUGGACCAAGACAAGUGUGACCCAUCUGCUGUGGAACACUUGGAAGAACCUGUGAAUGGAACCACAGAAGAAGGUGAGACUGAGGAGAAAGAAAACCACAGUACAAAGAGCAAACAGUGCCAUGAGCUCAGCAGUCCAGUUCCUAAAGAUGCCUUCAUUCAUGACUCAGGUCUGAAUGGAAAAUCCAACCAGUGGAGCUUUGGAGAACUCAUCGACGUCCACACCAGGACAGAAGACCAGAACCAGGUACGGAUCAACCGGGAAGGGAGUGGAGGUGGGACCAAAGGAACCUUUGGAGAUCCAGAGAACCUCAUCAAGAACAUGUGUUCUAAGCAGCCUUCAGAAGCUCUGUGAGGCCUAAGACCUUCAAUGUUUGAAACGGCUCAGAAGUCAGCGGCGGCUGCUCCAAAGAUCUUCUUGGUCCUGGUUGGACAUCUAAAGCCAUGUGAAGGAAAACUUUCACAGGACACCAAUGUAACAUUUCAGGGAAAUUCCAAAGAUUUCUUUAACAUUGAUUCCAUUGACCUCUUCUGUGCGGGAGCUUUUUGUCUUGUCAUAAUUUAUUCAUGUUAUUAUUGUGGUUUGUGAAGUUCCUGCAAAUGUUUGGUCCUCAGCUGAAGUUUGAGCUUAACCGAAGAAAACAUUUCUAGACUUGUUUUGCAGAAUCUAAAUUAUGGCCUUAUCAUUCUUGACUGUAAAUAAACUUCAUUAUUUAGCACAAACUCCUGUAAAAUUCCUUCAUGUUACUGCCUCCUGCACUUGUUUAUCUUGUGCCUCCAGAAGCAGCUAGGAGCUAACGUGGCAUGUAAGCACUAAUGUGUUGUUGACACUAGGUGCUGUUUUACUACGAUGCCAGCUAGUGUUGUUUCAGCACAAGCUUAGUGUUAUUAUGUAAGCAGUGUUUAACCUCUAAGAUGCUAGCUCCUAGCUGGCGUCUGAGUGGAGUUUGAGCAUUGACGUUUCAUCUCAAACUUUUCACUUAUCUUGU